GGCCGCCAAUGCUCAGGCUGCGGCGGGGCCGGGCGGGGCGGGCGGAGCCGCGGCCGCCAUGGGGCCGCUCAACUUCAGCAGCGACCCGGUGCCGGAGGCGGUGAGCGGCGACAUGCACAGCCUCAGCCAGCUGAGCGCCCAGCAAUUCUCAGCACUGACUGAAUUGCUCUUCCGCUUUCUGAGGGAGCCCAAAGAGGUAGAAGACUUUCUGACUCAGCUCUCAGACUUUGCCAUCAUGAAUAAAAUCAGCUUGGGCCCCCUGAAAAACAUUGUCAAAAGUAUUCUUCUGGUACCUAAUGGUGCCCUGAAGAGGAAUUUGUCUUCUGAACAAGUCAGAGCAGAUUUUAUUGCUCUAGGCCUCAGUGAAGAGAAAGCCAGUUAUUUUGCAGAACAGUGGAAAGUGAAUUCCCCCACCCUGACACGCCUGGCUGUUGGUCAGACACUGGUGAUCAACCAGCUGAUUGAUAUGGAGUGGAGGUUUGGAGUGACUGCUGGGAGCAGUGAACUGGAAAAAGUGGGAAGUAUCUUCUUACAGCUGAAGCUGGUGAUUAAAAAAGGGAGCCAGAUGGAAAAUGUGUAUAUAGAGUUAACUUUGCCCCAGUUCUACAGUUUUCUGCAUGAAAUGGAACGGGCCAAAACCAGUCUGGAAAGCUUCAGCUGAGACUGCCUAGCUCUGACCUAACAUCUGUCCAGGAUGUUUUCUCCUUGUGGGCCUGCAGACUGCUCUUUCCCAGCUGGCUCCAGCACCCUGGUAAGAGAAGUCAAGGCUGUGCAGCAAGCAGUGGUGUCACAGCCUGGAAGGACCCAUCAGUCCUUCAGAACCUGAAAAGUGCUUUGGAGCAGCUACAAGUCAACACAUCUUCUUUUUAUACUAUUAUGAGAAAUUGUGGUCAGAAAUACCAGGAUGCUUGUACUAAAAUAGUAAUGAAAUAAACCCACUCCCAUCCUG